AUGUCCACUGAUCUUGCUCUAUAUGAGAAUAUUGUUGGGGAGGAAAUUGCAAGACCAAGGGUGACCUUAAAUGGAAGAAGUCAUGCUUUCGAUUUGGAUCAAAUCUGUGGUGGAUGGUGGAGAGAACAUAACGAACGAGCAAUUGAAAGACUAUUAAUGAUGAACUUUACUGUUGAUGAAGUUAAUUUUGCGAUCGAUAAGCUUGGUGGAGAUGCUCCCAUUAAUGAAUUGGUGGAUUUUAUCAUUGCUGCACAGAUCGCUCUUAUUGGAUUAAGAGUGAACAUUGGAACUUCAAAAGAGGAAGUAGAAAGGCUACAAAAAGAGAAAACAGAGCUAGUACAAAAGGAAGAGGAAUGUUCAAAGCAAAUAAAGGAGCUGCGAGCAGAAAUAUCAGUUUUGACAGAAAACUUGAAGAAACUAAAGCAGCAGGAAUGUGAAGAAAAAGAUAAGAGGAUUGAAACUGCUGAUCCCCAUGUAACUUCUCUCCAGAAACAAGCUGCUGAUCUGCUUCUCGAAUACGAUCGUCUUCUUGAAGACAACCAAAAUCUUCAAAAUCAAACACUAGGAGGAUACAAAAAGUGA